CGGGGAAAUCAACAUUAAAGCUCAUUCUGAAGGUCUUUUUUUAAAUAGUUAAUGUUAUGCUUCUAUGAACAAAAAGAGCCAUCGCGGCCAGUUAGCUUCCCUCAAAACAGACCUCCCCCUACUGAGGUCAGAGGACCACCACUGGCCACAAGUUUUUUGAAGGAAAAAAGGGUGUCUGAUGCUAAGGCUCUGGAAUGACGUAAGAUUGAGGAGGUGUGGUAUCAAAAUGUGCCUACGUGCUUGGGCUGCAUUGACUGUAAACCCGGAACUACCGGCCAACGGCACAACGUGGGGUUGAGCGCAAGGAUACUGCACUAGGGGAGAGCCAGAGCAAUGACGGCAAGAAUUAAUCAAGCGAGGUCCGCACUGACCAAAAUGUUCAACAGUGAGCGUUACAGUAGGUUCACCCUGCAGUCUGAGGAGGAGGGAGGGCCCCACGUCGAGGUCAAGCUGUCCAGCGACGGGAUCGAAAAUGACCACGUCCCCGAUUCCAUGGACGAAUCGCACGGCUCGCCCUCGUACAGGGCGCCGCCCCGGGACAAGUACCGCAACGUGUGCUACCUGGCCCUCGGAACCCUGCUGAUCUUUGUCAUCGGUUACCUGAUUGGCUACAUGAGCCAUCGCUCCCCACAGAAACCUCUGGUGAGCUGUGACCCUAAACUGGGAGUGGACACUGAAGAGACUGAAGGUGGCAAGGAGGAAGUUGUGGAGAAGUCUCUAGAUUGGAAUGACAUCACCAACUUGCUAGGGCAGAAUCUCAACCCAGAGGCCUUUGACAAGAGACUAAGAGAGUUUGCGAGGGACGAUCAUGAAGCAGGAAGUGAUGGAGACCGUGUUCUUGGAAACCAAGUCUUUGAGGGAUUUAAGAGUCUGCAGAUGAACCCCUGGACUGACAUCCACUACGUACAGCUGCAGACUCAGAAUAGCACGCUGCCAAACCGUGUUCUGAUUGGCUCUGAGGAGGUGGGCCAGCCUACUGGUUACCUGGCCUAUAGUGCUCGUGGAACUGUCAAGGGCCAGGUGGUGUAUGCAAACUAUGGGCGCAGAGAGGACCUGCAGGAGCUGCAGAAGCAGAACGUGGAGCUGAAGAACAAAGUGGUGUUGCUCCGUGCUGGGCGUCUCAGCUUUGCAGAGCAGGUGGCCAGUGUUGCUGAGCUAGGAGCCUCUGCUGUUCUGAUCUACCCAGACCCACAGGACUACAACUACCAAGACACCACUGAGCUGUACGGACACGUCCACCUGGGUUCCGGUGACCCCUACACCCCUGGGUUCCCCUCCUUUAACCACACUCAGUUCCCCCCUACGCGCUCCUCCGGCCUGCCCUCCAUACCUGCCCAGACCAUCACUGCCCAGACAGCAGCCAAGAUCCUGAAGAGGAUGGGAGGGGCACAGGCUCCCAGCAACUUUAUGGGCAGCCUCCAAAGCGUGACCUACAGACUGGGCGGGGCCAGCGACGGCGAAAACGCCACGGUGGAGGUGAACAACGUGCUGGUCACCAAAGAGCUGCACAACGUGUUCGGGAUCAUCAAGGGUUUCACUGACCCAGAUCAGUAUGUGGUGUUGGGGGCACAGAGGGAUUCCUGGGGUCCUGGUUAUGCAAAGGCCACCGUGGGAACCACUCUGCUGAUGGAGCUGGCCAGGGCUGUGUUUGAGAUGGUGGAACACGGAGGCUUCAGGCCCCGGAGGAGCCUGCUGUUUGCCAGCUGGAGCGGAGGAGACUACGGCAGUGUUGGCGCCACCGAGUGGUUGGAGGGCUACUUGUCUUCUCUCAACAAAAAGGCUUUCACCUACGUCAGCUUGGAUGGAGCUGUCACCGGCACUGGGGCCUUCAGGGCUUCUGCCAGCCCCCUGCUCCACACUCUGCUGGAGAGCACCAUGAAGAAGGUAAGGAAUCCCAUUGGUUCAGGGCAGAGUCUGUAUGAAGAGGUGGCUGGGAACAGCUUACAGACCAACGUCCUGACGCCAAUGCAGCUGGGAGAUUGUGCCUAUCCUUUCUUGGCCUUCUCUGGAAUCCCCUCCCUGUCCUUCAGCUUCUUCUCAGAGGGGGCUAAAGAUUACCCCUACUCCAACACAUUCCUGGACAACAAAGAGAACCUGAAUCGUGCUACCAACCAUCGCCUCAGCACCAUGGCAGUAGGGGCGGGGCAACUCGCAGGCCAUCUGGCUCUCCGAUUGGUGCACGACCACAUCCUGCGACUAGACGUGGCCAGCUACAAGACCACCUUGAGACAAUCGGUGCAGUCUCUCCGGCGGCAGCUGUUGAACGCCAAACAGAGCCUGUCUGAUGAUUGGCUGGCGAUGGCGUACGGCUCCUACUCCAGAGCCGUGAGCAGGCUGGAGGCAGACGUCCUCAACACCGACUUCGACAACGCGGAAGCCUGCCGCCUCCUCAACGACAGGAUCUUGACUGUGGAGCAAGGCCUGCUCUCUCCGUACGUGUCGCCCGUCCAGGUUCCGUUCCGCCACGUGGUGUUUGGCCGCGGGCCGCACACCCUGGGCUCCCUGGGGGGGCUCAGCGACCCGGACGAGCUCCACACCCAGCUGGCCCUGGCCACCUGGACGCUGCAGGGCUGUGCCGACGGCCUGGUCGGAGACGUCUGGGAGCUGGACAACGAGAUCUGAGCGUGUGUGUGUGUGGAUGUCUCUGAGAGAAGCGUGGGUGUAAGAACACCGUGUGUGUAAGAGAACCUGUGUGUGUGUGUGAGAAAUGUUCUGUCUAAGAUAACCAUGUUUGUCGUCUGAGGAGAAGCCUCAAUCGAGCACAAGCUAUCAGAAGCCUCCCCCCACCGAGAGGUGAGGAGCAGAAAAGAGAGAGUUGUGGCUUCAGCGGGCUCUGCCCCCCCUCUCUGGCUCCCUGUAAGACCUGGCAGGAGAUGAGGUACCUGUAGUGUAAGCCACUGCUACCUCAUCUCCUUCGAGCUCUUUGCCCCAAUCCCCAACCAACCAAAAGCCUUGGCCGUUACCAUAGAGAUGACCUCGAAGCCAUCUUGCACUGACAACUUUUUUUAUUUAUGUUUUGUAUUUAUUUAUCAGUGGCAGUGUUCACUAUAAAUGUGAUGUUUGUUUUUUGACUCAAGUUAUCGGGAGCAGUGUCUUCCAUAAUUAUGACAGUUAUACUGUUUGAUCCAACAGCAGCAUCUGCUACAGAAAUACUCUCCUUCUAUGCUACUACUAUCAGAGGCUGCUAUGGAUAUGGGAUUGAGAAAUGUAUUGGUCAACUGGAGCAUGCUGUAAAAUGCAUGCUCAUAAAUUAUCAACCUUAAAGUUACAUUAAAGACUUAAGAAUUUACAGAAAAUAAUCUCAUGAUUAAUUCAUGGUAGUAGGUUGAUAAACAACAGGAUUUUGGACAAGCUAACAGCACAUGCUGCAAAAACGACAAACUCUUCAAACCCUGCAAAUAAUUCAAUUUUUUUAGGUUCAAUUGAAUUCUGAGAGCCAUUUCUGUUGCACUUUUGGAGCAGUUUAUAUUUCUGAUCUUAAGAAUUAUCGGGAGCAGUGUCUUCCAUAAUUAAAAUCAUUAUCGGGAGCAGUGUCUUCCAUAAUCAAAAUCAUUAUCGGGAGCAGUGUCUUCCAUAAUUAAAAUCAUUAUCGGGAGCAGUGUCUUCCAUAAUGUCAAGCGUUGAAGGUAGUUUUUGCCUACCAGUGUGUGUGUGUGUGUAUCGGGAGCAGUGCCUCUCAUAUUUCACUGAAGGGUGGAGUAAUUAUCGGGAACAGUGUUUCCCAGAGUUAUUUUGCGUGUAAGUGUACAAUCUUUUUCUGCUGUCUGUUGAAAUCUGUUAACUAGAAAUCUAGUAUUCAUGUUCACAAAUUAAUGUUUUUGGGUUACUAUUUUGUCACAUUCUGCUUUCUCUCAUGAUCGCUUUCAUUUCUUAUGUACAACCUCGAAGUCAGGAAUCUUAGGUUUAUUCAUAACACACCUUGUGUUUGUAACUUGUACUCUAUAGACAGAGAAACGACUCUUUGUUAAACCAACUGUAGGCUACUGUGUUAACUGCUGAACAUUCCCCAGAGCUACUUUUGCUAUAGGCCUACACGGGUAUCGUUUUACUGCAUGUUAUUGUGUUCACCCUUGGUACAGUAAUGACACAUCUGUAGGCUAGUGAAGCACUCCUUAGUUCGUUUUUAUCCCCCAAAUACUCUGGUUGCUGUUGCUACAAUUGCUGCAUGAUUCAAUACUUCAACUGAUGUAUGAUUUCAUAAUCAAUUUAGUUGAUUAGUUUGUUGGUCGAUUCAAUGUGUUAAAUAUCACGCAUUUAGCUGUCACGUAUUUAGUAGGCUAAUGUUUGCUUAAAAUUAUCCAUGUCUUUCAUUGAAUAAACUCACUUUUGGCUUAGCGCA